GAGAGAGAGAGAGAGAGCCAUUUGUAUCGGAAACUGAGAAAAUCUUCAAAUUUCAAAAAAUAAGAGGAAAGGCGGGAUUCCAAACAUUCUCUUCGUCUUCUUCUUCUUCUUCUUAUUCUCAGACUUCUGUCUCUCUCGAUUUAUUUGGAAUCGAUCGAUCCUUGCGAAAACACAAAACUCAUCUCCACAAAUCAGUGUUGUAAGCAAUGGCAGAAAAUACGGCCAGCCAUAGAAGAAAACCUCAGAGCUUGAACGAUCGACACUAUAGUAUCCUACAGGAUCUUUCUGCGCCUCCUAAACAGCUUUCCUCUUCUUCCCAUGGAGAAACGAACAAGACCAUGAUUAAGCUUGCUGGACGACGUCGUCUCUGCAAGGCCUUGCCUAAGGAAGACUUAUCUGAUUUAGAUGACGAAGAUCCUGAUUUGGUCGAUUUCGACGAUUCCCCAGCUAAAGGGGAUUCAUCAUCACUCGAGAGCGCUGGAGCUGGGAACGAUUUCACAUCUUGGGAUGAAUCAGAGGAAGCUAAGACACAGCUGGCUGAGGAGCCUAACUUUUCCAUAAUCACAGACUUCGCUUCGCCCUCACCUCAGUUGAAGCAAAAAGAGGAAAGACAAGAUGGGGGAGGAAGGAACGAGAUCAUGGAUAUUUUGGAUGACCUCACCUCUAAGCUUGGGACAAUGUCCAUUCAGAAGAAGAAAGUUAACCAGAGCAAUGAUUUUGAUGCCGGUGGAGUUAAUAAGACCCAGGUUGAUAAUCUUGAUUUUGAGGACGCCAAUUCCUCGUUUUCCUUUAUAUCAGAUCUGUCCAAGUCCUCGUCAGAUGUAGUUACCACAUGUAAUGCUGGCGUUGAUAGUCUCAAGGACAAGCAAGGCUAUGCUGCUGUUGCCAUCCGGGAAGAGGAAACAAGUGAUGAGUUUUCGAGCGAAUGGGAAGAAAGAGUUUCGAAUGUUGGAAAGCUAAACUCAUUUUCUGGACAGCACUUUUACGAUAAGUCUGAAGAUAAUAGGCAGGGAUACAAUCUUGACCGUGGGAAGGGAAAACACAAAGAAGUCGGCCAAAGUCUGAAGACUACUAGGCAUAUAGAGGCAAGUGCGAAGCUAAGAACAGUCGGACAGUCGAAUGCCGCCAAGCUAAGAGACUUAGACGAGGAUGAUGAUGAUGAUGAAUGUGUCAUUUUGACUGGGGAAAAGGCAGCUGAAAUGAAAAUUCAUCCUGGAAAGCCUAAAAAGCCAGCUCGGUCUCACAACACCGAAAGACAUGGUUAUGAUGAGAGAUUGUUGGAGGAUGAAGGGUCUAUCACUUUUACUGCCCUCAACUUAUCUUACACAUUGCCUGGAAAGAUUGCAACAAUGUUAUAUCCACAUCAGAGGGAAGGGCUGAAGUGGCUUUGGUCGUUGCAUACACAAGAGAAAGGUGGAAUACUUGGAGAUGAUAUGGGGUUAGGUAAAACUAUGCAGAUCUGUAGUUUUCUUGCUGGUUUGUUCAACUCCAAACUCAUCAAGCGUGCUUUGAUAGUGGCCCCAAAAACCUUGCUGCCUCACUGGAUGAAAGAACUAGCUACUGUAGGACUUUCACGAAUGACUAGGGAAUACUAUGGCACUUCGACAAAAGCCCGGGAAUAUGACCUCCACCACGUUCUGCAGGGUAAAGGUGUUCUUCUAACAACCUAUGAUAUCGUACGGAACAAUACAAAGGCUUUGCAAGGUGACGACCAUUAUACUGAUGAGGAUGACGAGGAUGGAAUCAAAUGGGAUUACAUGAUUCUGGACGAGGGACAUCUAAUUAAGAACCCCAACACACAAAGGGCCAAGAGUUUGCUUGAGAUCCCAAGUUCUCACCGUAUAAUAAUAAGUGGUACACCAAUCCAGAACAAUCUCAAGGAACUGUGGGCUCUCUUCAACUUCUGCUGCCCUGGGCUACUCGGUGACAAGAAUUGGUUUAAGCAGAAUUAUGAGCAUUACAUUAUUCGUGGAACUGACAAGAAUGCUUCUGAUAGAGAACAGAGGAUAGGCUCAACAGUAGCAAAGAACUUGAGGGAGCAUAUUCAACCUUUCUUCUUGCGGCGCCUUAAGAGUGAAGUGUUUGGUGAUGAUGGUGCAACCUCGAAACUAUCAAAGAAGGACGAAAUUGUUGUAUGGCUAAGGCUAACCGCUUGCCAGAGGCAAUUAUAUGAAGCUUUCUUAAACAGUGAAAUUGUUCUGUCAGCUUUUGAUGGUUCGCCUCUAGCAGCUCUAACGAUUCUGAAGAAAAUAUGUGACCACCCGCUUCUGUUAACUAAGAGGGCUGCUGAGGAUGUCCUAGAAGGAAUGGAAUCAACACUAACACAAGAAGAAGCAGGCGUGGCUGAGAGAUUGGCGAUGCAUAUAGCAGACAAUGUGGAUACAGAUGAUUUCCAGACCAAGAAUGACAGCAUCUCUUGCAAAUUGUCAUUCAUUAUGUCGCUACUGGAAAAUUUAAUUCCAGAUGGACAUCGUGUUCUAAUCUUCUCCCAAACGCGAAAAAUGCUUAAUCUCAUUCAGGAUUCUCUUACCUCCAACGGUUAUAGUUUCUUGCGAAUUGAUGGCACUACAAAAGCCCCCGACAGAUUGAAGACUGUUGAAGAAUUUCAAGAAGGUCAUGUGGCUCCUAUAUUUCUCUUGACUUCUCAAGUUGGUGGUCUCGGACUUACUCUGACUAAGGCAGACCGUGUGAUUGUGGUUGACCCUGCCUGGAAUCCAAGCACGGACAACCAGAGCGUUGAUCGAGCAUAUAGAAUUGGGCAGACAAAGGAUGUCAUCGUGUAUAGGUUAAUGACCUCAGCAACUGUUGAAGAGAAGAUAUACAGAAAACAAGUAUACAAGGGAGGAUUGUUUAAAACUGCAACUGAGCAUAAAGAACAAAUCCGCUACUUCAGCCAGCAGGACCUUCGAGAACUUUUCAGUCUUCCCAAAGGAGGCUUCGAUGUUUCACCUACACAACAACAACUAUACGAAGAGCACUAUAACCAGAUCAAACUAGAUGAAACUCUAGAAUCCCAUGUAAAGUUUCUUGAAACUCUUGGCAUAGCUGGAGUUAGCCACCACAGCCUACUUUUCUCCAAGACAGCUCCUGUUCAAGCUAUACAGAAAGAUGAAGAAGAAGAAAUAAGGAGAGAAACAACGUCGUUCUUGGGAUACCCAUCAUCAAGUAUUUCACAAGACACCGUAAUCAAUGGGGCUGACUAUGCUUUCAAGCCAAAGGAUGUGAAUUUGAAUAAGACAAUCAAUAUUUCCCCAAUAGACGACAAGGAAUUGUCAGAAAGCGAAAUUAAAGCAAGACUCGGUCGUUUAUCGAUGCUACUCAAAAACAAGAGUACGGUCUCAAGGUUACCAGAUGGAGGGGCAAAAAUUCAGAAACAGAUUGAUGAAUUGACUAGAGAACUAGGAGACUUGAAAGUAGCACAAGGGAUCAGUAUGCCUCAAGUUAUUGACUUGGAGUAAGUCAGAAGAUGAUGCACAGAGGAUGUAGAAAAAGACAGAAAUCAAGAUGCAAGGAAUGCUUAGGACCAUCAUGGCAACACUAGGGUUUUUUUUUUUUUGUGUUUCUUUCUUAUCAAAUUUGGUUUUGCUGAAUUGAAAAGUCAGUUACUUAUGACUUGCUGCAAACAAGAUCAACGCUACUACAAAAACGAGUGUGCUAAGCCAGAUUUUAUCUUUUAAUCUGAAACCCAUAGAACUGUGUAAUCAGUAAAAUGAAGAUUUCAGCACAAAUUGUCUUUGA